AUGUUUGUCUUAAAAAUUGGAUUCUCCAAACUCGAAAAGGGAAGCAGAAGGAAGGGAAUUUUUUUCUUCAAUACCGCAAGUCAGCCAAAUGUCAAACUUCCAAAUAAGUCCGGGGCCACAAAUGAGAAUUGUGGAAAUCAGUUCCAUUUUGAGGGGAAAAUUUCCCCCAAUUUUGAAAAUUUAAAUUUGCAAAAUUUAAAUAACAGGGAAGUGCUAUACUAUCUAGGAUACUGCAGUAAAAAUAAGUUACUAAAAUUGCACCUCUUAAAUUCGACCAUGAAAGAAUUGCACAAUUUAGUGUUAGAUAGUGUAAAUUGCAUUUCUACUGAUUUUCACCAAAAUAAAAAAAAUAUAUUAAAUCCGAAGUGUUACCAGGAGGGGGUGAAAAACAUCCCAAAGAAACCCUUUUUCGACAUUCACGAUUUGGUAAAGGUUUAUUUAAACAUUUGUUACAUUAAUUCAUAUUUUUUUUUAAAGACAAAACGGGAAAAAUAUGGCGACAGCGGUUGCGCUUUUUUCCUCGAAACUUGUGGCAACAAGGAUGAUAAUAAAAAUGGACACAUGUUAAUCAAAAAGGACGCAUGCUUAAAUGAGAAAAAAAAGGUGAAGAAAUGUCUAGGAAGCGAAAGGAAUGGAAACAACCAUGUAGAUAACUUACUCAAAAAAGACAACAUAUUUAUAUACACCAAUAUUGAGAACAAGAACAUGGAAGCGUCUAAUCAGUUUGUAUGCAACGAACAUGUAAAAAAUAUAUUUGACUUGUUAUCCAUUUUUUUUCUUCAAAAUGUGAACAUUCUAAACGACCAUUAUUUGUGUCGAAUUUUUUACGGAUACAAUAAGAGCAAAUUUCUGAAUGAGCGAUAUUUGAACAAUUUAAGUUUUGAGAUUAUCAAAAGGAUAAAAAAAAUCAGGACAUACCAUUUAUACUUAAUAUUGAUGAAUUCGCACUAUCUCAGUUAUGUGGACAAAACAUUUGUAAAAAUUUUACUUAUUCAUAUUGUGAAUAAACUUUCCCAGUUGCCGUGUGAAGCUAUGUGCCAAGUUUUACCCGUCGUCCCGUCAUUCAUUCAGUCGGAAAAACAUACCUACAAAAUUAAUGUCAUAUAUGCGAAGAAAAUUGCCAGCUUUAAUCAAGUCAGUCAUGUUGUUAGCUUGUUUAAAAAGAUGGCACAGUGGAAGAUGAUAUCCCAAAAAAAUAUAUUCCUCACCUUCAGCCAUUUGAACAAAUUUAUGAAAGUCAGAAAGAGGCCCCUCAAGGGGGAUGCCCAAAGCCUAGUUUCGCUCCAUCGGGGGAAAACAAAAGAAGGGGGAGUCACCCCCGAGCCUCCAUCCCAGACGCCGCACGACGAACAAAUGAUAAACAACGUAGUGACAAACUUCGACCCAUUUGAAGGGAGGGUCGCACGAGCCGAUGAUAUAAAAUUUCCACUAGGAGACACCUCAAGGGAGGGAAGCAACCUUUCAGAGGAUUACACCAAUGGUAGAGGGCCCCCUCACAAAGGCAAUGGUAGUACAGCGUCGGCGAGGGGAUUUUCUCCCACGGCGGAGGAAAUGUUUUCAUUUGAACAGGAGCUGAUGAGAUGUAGCAAGACUUCCCCCAGGGAAAAUAACCCCAGCGUAAAAUUUGGCAGUGAAAAAUUUGGAAGUAAAAAAUUUAGAAGUGAAGAAUUUGGAAGUGAAGAAUUUGGAAGUGAAAAAUUUGGAAGAGAAAAAUUUGGAAGUGGAAACUCUGGAAGUGAAGACUCCGGAAGAGAAACCCCCCACAAUGACGACACUCGCGAGGACGCGGCACAGACGCACAAGUGGGACAACCUCGUCUUCAACCUAAAACUCAUCGAAAUGCACCUGAUACACGACUUCAAAAAUAUAUACUGCCUUCUCCCAAGUGAUUAUAAAAACUUCCUUCAAAAAAUUCGGACCCUUCCAUGUAGCGUUAACAAAAAUAUGCAAGGAGAAAAAGAAAUUUACAUUUUAAAGAAAUAUAUGAAAAUGCUAAAUUAUGAAUUUAUUACAUUUUCCCAUGGUCCCUACGUGCUGCACAUUUGUGACCCCUUUUACAAAAUUUAUCUGGAAUGGGAGAGUGGAUGGAAAUUAUAUCCACUGUAUCAGCAAAAUGCGGAAAGAAAUUUCCGAGAAAAUAAAAUAAGUCACCUGAGAAGGGAAGGGUUUAGUGAAAUCCUCAUUUGCCAUGAUGCCUUUGCGAAUUGUCCAAGUGAGGAAGAAAAAAUGAACUAUCUGAGUUCCGUUUUGCAGCACACAAAAUUUUCCAAGUGUAGCCCCAUCAUUUGUGGGGCGGCCGCGGUUGCGCCCCCUCCCGUGAUGCCUCAGGAUAUUUACCUCUGA